AUGUCGCGCCCCGAAGACGUCUUACCGCCAGACCUGUACUACAACGACAAUGAGUCCGCCAAAUAUACCACGUCCUCCCGUAUACAAGCCAUCCAGGCUUCUAUGACCAACCGGGCCCUUGAAAUUCUCGACCUCGAACAGUCCUCUUUCAUCCUCGACAUAGGCUGCGGCUCUGGGCUCUCAGGUGAGAUCCUGUCGGAGGACGGGCACAUCUGGGUUGGGAUGGACAUUGCGCCGAGCAUGCUGGACAUCGCGCUGCAAAGAGAAGACGUUGAGGGAGAUCUGUUCCUAGCAGAUAUGGGCCAAGGAAUCCCGUUUCGAGCGGGUGCAUUCGACGCGGCCAUCAGCAUCAGCGCCAUUCAAUGGCUGUGCAACGCCGAGACAAGUGGAGUGAGUCCCGAGGGCCGAUUGAGAAGAUUUUUCGACGGACUCUACGCGGCUUUGAAACGAGGCGGGAGAGCGGUGUGCCAGUUCUACCCGAAAAACGAACAACAACGCACAAUGAUCAGUUCCGCCGCCGUGCGGGCAGGUUUUGGCGCUGGUAUCCUCGAGGACGACGGUGGGACCAAGAACGUCAAGACAUACCUCGUCCUCAGCGUCGGUGGAGGCGAUAUCACAGGAACGGUGUCCAAGAUGGAUGGCGUCGACAUUGAAGACGGCAGGAAAUUCCGAGAGGCCAUGCAUAAGAAGGGGAAGAGGAGUGAGGAUAUCAAGGGUAGUAAGGCGUGGGUCCAUAAGAAAAAGGACAAGAUGCGGAGUAAGGGAAAGAUCGUCAAGACUGAUUCAAAAUAUACUGGAAGAAGGAGAGGGCCGAAGUUCUGA